GUUAUUAUCUAAGACUACUCUGUCGUUCAUUGAUAUCACACACCUUCAAAAAGUCCGGGCCGGGAAAUCAGCCGUGCCCGAGACGAAGAAUUGAGUUAUCUUACUGCACAACCAAAGACCCCGUAGUGGUCUACUCAUUCUUGCAUUCGAAACUCCCUGUAGAGUUCCUAUUCUAAUUCUAGAGAAAGAACGUCCCGACCGAACAACUUGCUCUUGAAUUACAGUCUCUUGGAUGAGACAGCAUUCAAAGAUCGUCUACCAGUCACAUAAAUAUCUCAAGGCUCACAUGGCUGAUUGAAUCAUUUGAAUUAUCUUUUCAUACAAUUUACCUCAUAUGAACCAUUUUAUCCAUAUCUCUUUGCAAUUUCACGGUCAUGCUUUACCCUAAAGAACUGUCUCAAUAUGCGACGGUUCACGUAGAUACACGGAAUGAGUUGAGGAUACCCUCAACAACAGAAGAGAAUAUUGCGGAAGAAGUUACAUAUCCUACAUACUAUCAAAUUGAUGGCAUUAGCCCAGCUGUUCUCGCAAAGCUCUUUUCAGUAUCAGCCGAAGCCAAGAUUUGGGGUGUUGCAGCGAAAUCAUUGAAUCAGGCAAAUCCACCCCGAUAUUAUCCUGAAUAUACGAAGCCUGGCGGAUCAAACUAUGUCUAUCGCGACUUUCGAUUCUGGACUUCUGGGUUCUUUCCAGGCUGUUUAUAUCUACUCCUUGAGCGGCGGAAGAAAUGCCCGAGUCAGUAUGAUUUGUAUGAGCAGAGUCUGCACAUUAGUCAACUUGAUUUUGCAUGCAACUGGUGGACACUGAAUCUCCAUCGCAAUGCUACGCUAGAGGAAACACACGACCUUGGCUUCAUGAUCAUGCCUUGGGCUCGCCCAGCCUGGGAGUUGAAUCGGGAUACCAGAGCGCUUGAAACUUUGAAAACUUCCGCAAAAACGCUUUUGAACCGUUUCAGUGGAGCCGUUGGUGCAAUUCGGUCAUGGGAUACAUGUCAAACAAGGAGAUACAACUAUCAAGACCCCAAUACUGAUUUCUUGAUGAUAAUUGACAACAUGAUGAACUUGAACCUGCUGUUUUAUGUUGCUCAAGAGACGAAUGACAAUUCAAUGCGCGAUGCAGCUAUUCAGCACGCUCGCACGACUGCUCGAACCCAUGUGCGCUCUGAUAGUUCGACAACACAUCUAGUCAACUUUGAUCCUGCUACUGGUAUUGUGAAAGAAAGGCUUACUAACCAGGGGUUUUCGCACAACUCCUGCUGGGCUCGAGGACAAGCGUGGGCAAUUGCGGGGUUUGCCGAAACUUUCCACUGGACACAAGAUUAUUCAUUCCUGCUGACUUCACGUCGGUGUGCAGACUACUUUUUGGCGCGAUUGCCUGAAUCUGGCAUUGCGCCUUGGGAUUUUGAUGCACACGCGCAACUAUCAGCGAUACAGAAGCAGCCUCCUGAUACAAGUGCAACUUUGGUAGCAGCCUACGGUAUGCUACUCAUUCACCAAGCGUUGACCGCGAGAGGAGACCAUUCGCAUUACUUGUCUGCCGCAUUGAGAAUGGUGGAGGCUGUUUGUAGCCAACACUCUAAUCUGCCGGCAAAAUAUACUGUGGAAGGAGAAUUCCAAUUCGACACAGUUGAGAAUGGUCACGUUAAAGAACCAGCAAAAAUCGGUGUUGACAUGGGCCAUGCUGAUACUAUUGUCAAUGGCGCAACAAUCAACAAUUAUGAGUUUGCGCCGAGGCGUUGGGCUGAUCACGGUCUUGUGUAUGCGGAUUAUUACUUUUUACUAUUUGGAAACGAGUUGCUGAAGAUGAAUUCCACUUAAGUUCAAAGGAGAUCCCAAAUAGAACCCUACAUAGAAAUUGACGCAGCGUGAAUUUUUUCAUCACGCAAAACAUAUAUACA